GCGGGCCUCGCUGCAGCAGCAGCGGCGCGGGGCCGCACGACCACCCACUCCCUGGGAAGGGGUUCCUCCCCCCCCCCGCCCCCUGCACGCCCUUCACUCAGUGGUGCACACCGCCCAGAGCACGCACACCCUCUCCGCAGACACACAACGUGGCAGGCUCACAAUCAGGCCCAAUGGGACCCGCAGACCCAGCCUCAACACACUCAAAGGGGCAGCCCUGGAGAAACACACACAUACACAGACUCCCUCUCCAGAAAUGCACAGGGACCCCCCCCCGCCCCCCCUCCCCAGGCCGCGAGCUGGGAACGCCCCAGCCCUACAGAACAGGUACACGUAAAUGGCUACCAGCGCAGAUGAACACGCAGCUUGCUAUUUUGUUUCCACCGGCAGAAAUAUCCACAUGUAUAUACUCUGCGUAAAUGCAGAGGACUUGGUGUGGACCUCCUGGGACAGCACCAACACCACCAGGUGGAAGCACACAGAGGAGAAACACAUUCCUGAAACUCCAGAGGGACAGUCCCAGACAGAGACUCCUCCCAGGUGUUCAAAAAUUCAAAACUCAGGAGAAAGAGGAGCUGGCCCUCAGAGGUCCUUUCCAUAAAACCUUUCUGAAAUCGGGCAAGACAUAAGUAAACAAAUUAACCAAAAACCGAAGAUGUCUCAUCACAGAGGUAGUUUAAAAGAGGGAAAAAAAGAAUCAGACAGACUCUGGAGUCACAAAAAUGUAAAGCAAGCAGAGUUGGAAACAAUGAGAAAAUCGGCCCACCCCCACCUCAGGGAGGUUCCAGGGAAGAACUCUGCCACCCCUCCAACUAGCUCACAAUAGCUGGAGCUCUGAAGGGCCCAGAGCCCCUGAGCCAGGAGGAGAGGAGGAAGUCCAAGGAAAUAUGGCUGGCUGUCACCCCUACUUCAACCUGCCCGACUUCACCGAGCCAUCACCGCCCUCCACUCCGUCCAGCCUCCCCUUGCACCAGCGCUGCCGGCCCUCUGAUGUCACCAAGGGCCUGCUCGUGGCCCUGCUGGGUGGGGGCCUGCCCGCUGGCUUCGUGGGCCCCUUCUCCCGUAUGGCUUACCAGGCUUCCCACUUACCCUCGCUGGAGCUGCUCAUCUGUCGAUGCCUCUUCCACCUCCCUAUUGCCCUGCUGCUUAAACUGCGUGGUGACCCCCUCUUGGGACCUCCCAAUGUCCGGGGCCGGGCCUGCCUCCACGCCCUGUUCAACGUUCUCAGCAUCGGAUGCGCCUACAGUGCGGUUCAGGUGGUGCCCGCUGGCAACGCUGCCACCGUCCGCAAAGGUUCUUCCACCGUCUGCUCUGCUCUCCUCGCCCUCUGCCUCGAGAGCCAGCGUCUCAGCGGCUAUGACUGGUGUGGCUUGUUGGGCAGCACCCUGGGACUCAUCAUCAUUGUGGGACCUGGACUAGGGACACUGCAGGAGGGGACCACAGGCCUCUACACUGCCCUGGGCUAUGUGCUUGCUUUCCUGGGUGGCCUGGCUCUGUCGCUGGGCCUCCUGGUGUACCGCUCCCUGGACUUCCCCUCCUGUCUACUGACAGUGGCCUUCCUGUUUGGCUUGGUGGGGCUGGUGGGCUCCGUGCCAGCCCUCUUUCUGCUGCAGACCCCCGUGUUGCCUAACGAUCCUCUGAGUUGGAGCUGUGUUGGGGCAGUGGGAAUCCUCGCCCUGUUCUCCUUCGUGUGUGUGAGUUAUGCGGUCACCAAGGCCCACCCUGCCGUGGUGUGCGCCGUCCUGCACUCUGAGGUGGUGGUGGCUCUGAUGCUGCAGUAUUAUGUGCUCUCUGAGACCGUGGCACCUUCUGACAUCAUGGGGGCAGGGGUGGUGCUGGGCAGCAUUGCCAUCAUCACUGCCCAGAACCUCAGCUGUGAGAGGGAAGGGCAGGUGGAGUGAGAUCAACUUGAGAGCCUGGGGGUGGGCGUGGGGGGACUGGGGAAAUAGAAGAAAAAGCUGGAAUACAAACAUGGGAGAACAAGUGACUGGAAAAGAACUGGUGUGGGAGAGUGACACCCCUUGGAGUCAAGGGUGAAUUGGGGACUCGGUGGAGAGGGAUUGCCUAGAAGACUGCCUGGAAGACCUGGAACAAGCCUGGAGAGCAGCAUAUUUGGAGUUUAGGCUGGGGCUUGAAGGGAGUUCUGAGGAGCAGAUCAAAGCGGCUGAGGCAGGAAAGCCAUGAGCCACCGGGAGGAUUUUUCCCUCAGCGGUAGAGAGAAAAGCCUUGGGGCUGGAGUGUCUGGGGCUUUCAGGCAAACAGAGCAAGCAGCUGCGGUGGGGGAAGGGAGUGUGUUUUUCUUUUUUCCCUGAGCGAUGGUUUCCCUUCCUCGUGGUUAUGCCUCCCCACCUUGGGGUGGUGACGUGAUAUUGACAUCAAACAAGGAUCACUCUGAAUGUGGCUGUGCAGUUGGUGUCAUCUCUGCUUUGGAAGGACAGUGGAAGUCCUACCCCCUGCUCUUAUUGGAGAAUCCCUUGGGAUCCCCGCACCUCCCCCCCGCCCCAUUUUUGAAAUAUUCCAUAAGGGGUAGGAUUUCCUAAUGUUCAGAUGCAUUGACCCUGAGUCCCCCAGGACUUUUGUGUCCCACCCAAUGGCCAAUCUGCUUUUCCUGGAUUGUCGCGGUCCCGUGAUCUCUCCCGGACAGUGGCCAACGUCCUUCGGAGAAGGCCUCUGAGCUGAGACCUCUUCGAGCGGCUCAGGUCGAGGAUCCUGAACGAGAGCUCCGUACAGCGUCCCAUUAGAGGCUAAGGAGAUGCCCACCCGUCCCAGGAAGCCGCUCGACAGAUAUCAGCUACUUCCGGACAAGCAAUUGACCUCGCCAUGUUGAUCUGUUCUUGCAUAUUCAGCACGAUUACUGCAUAUUCAUGACCAAGGACGGCUCCAGUACUCCCCCUCUUCGGGAACCCACUUGGGAGGAUCCGACCGGCCCCGCCUCCUUCAUUACCGAAUCUCAGAACAGACCAUUUUCCAGCGUGGGGGGGGUGAUAUUAAUGAGAAACUUCAGCUGAAUAUGAAACCACACGCCAAACUAGAAUAAAAGCGGCCUAUA